AUGAUGAGAAGUAAACCAUACGAGCGGUCAAAACCAUACCCAAAAGCCAACCCUGACGCCGGUCCAUGGAAACAUGAUCUCGCGCCUUCCGUCACGUCCCUCGCAUCACGUAUAUCCACUUCCCAACCGUCCCUUCUUUCACGUAUUUCCGGUGGUCAAGGUAAAGAGCUUCUCCCUGCUUCCAAAUCCGGUACAUCGCAAGGGUUCCCCACACCGACUAGUAAUGGCGGUAAAGAGCUUCUUGGUCCUACGCGACAAAAGAGGUUGAGUAGGAGUGUAGUGGAGAAUAAGGCUGUCGCGGAUGCUCUUGGUAUAGGAAGACGGGGAAGAGAGCAUGUUGUAGGAGGUAGGGAACUACUUCCUGCUAAUAGAGGGAACAAUGGGUUGUUCUCGAAUGGUGGAACGGAAUUACAGUCUUCAUCGACGGUUCCCGGUGGAGUGGGAGGACCAGUUUCGGGGUUUAUGAGAGGUGUAGGAGGACAGGAAGGUGUGAGAAUUGUUGGGGCUGCUAAAGGUAGUGUUUGGGUGAGAGUUGAGAAUUUGGCAUUUGGUACAACGGCGGAUGAUGUUAUGUCGGCAUUCUCUCCAGCUCCGAUUCUCAGUGCAAAAUCCUCCCCCACCUCAACCCCGGAAAUCAUCUCUGUAGAUCUUGAAUUCCCUUCUCGAGCAGAAGCGGAAAUAAUCGUCGGACAAUAUAACGGUAUAGUGGCAGAUGGAAAUACUCUCCAUGUUACUAUCCUCAAUCCAUCUCUAAAAGAACGUAUGGGUGGUAUUGAACAAAACUCUUCAUCUUUGAGUAGACGAAUGGGAAAUGGAAAUGGUAAUGGGAAUGGAGGAUUGAGAGCUGAGGCAGGGGUGUUCAUACCUAGGAAGGAACCUGAUCCUGCUCCGAGGGAAUUGGUUGAUGAGGGUAUCACUGGGAAAUUAUACUCUGAUCAAAUCCUCGCCACUCAACCAAAAACGGGAAUCAUCACAUUAGCCGAUCCGACUUCUUCGUCAUCCGCUGCUCGGAAUAGAGCAGAAGUAUGGCGUGCUGUUCAACCUACACUCACAUUGGCACAGAGAGUGGGGGCUGCAAGGAGAUAAUUAUCGUUGGACUUUGUGGUAGGCGGCUUUCAAACAUAUGACGCGGUUGAUCGGUAUUUUGAAAUGAGGGUAGAUAUACCUUUUGGACCUUUACUACUUGGGACGUGGACGGUACCUCGUCGAAGCGAGGAGACAGCCCUGUGGUUUAUGCAUGAUGCGAUAUGUUCUUU